UUCUUCCGCAAGACGCACGCAGUUUUGAUUAUUAACCGCUACUGAGUGUCCGACAGCGCCUCCAAUGGCCGAAGUGUGUCAUUACACCAGCGCUUUACUCCGCGUGGCGUGCAGAGACCGAGGGGGCGCAAAAGCUGCAGCAUGGAGGGUCGAAUCAGUAAGGAGCCGGAGCAGCUCAGGAAGCUGUUUAUUGGUGGACUGAGUUUCGAGACCACAGAGGACAGUUUACGAGCUCACUUUGAGCAAUGGGGCAAACUCACAGACUGCGUGGUAAUGAGAGAUCCAGCAAACAAGCGCUCGCGAGGCUUCGGCUUCGUGACGUACUCCUGUGGCGUGGAGGUUGACGCUGCAAUGGCAGCUCGGCCACACAAAGUGGACGGUCGCGUCGUUGAGCCCAAACGGGCCGUUUCCCGAGAGGACUCGAAUAGACCUGGAGCCCAUCUGACAGUGAAGAAGAUCUUUGUGGGGGGGAUCAAGGAGGACACAGAGGAGUAUCACAUCCGAGAGUACUUCGAGCCGUUCGGGAAGAUCGAGACCAUCGACAUAAUGGAAGAGCGUUCGACUGGCAAAAAGAGAGGAUUCUGCUUCGUCACCUUCGAUGAUCAUGAUACUGUGGAUAAAAUUGUUGCACAAAAAUAUCACACAAUCAACUCUCAUAACUGUGAAGUAAGAAAAGCCCUUCCAAAGCAGGAGAUGCAGUCUGGUUCCAAUCAGAGAUAUCGCGGUGGAGGUGGAGGUGGAGGUGGAGGUGGGGAUAAUUUCAUGAACAGAGGAGGAAACUUCGGAGGUGACAACUUUGGCAGAGGAGGGUACGGAGGAGGCCGGGGUGGAUACGGAGGAGACGGAUACAACGGAUUUGGUGGGGACAGUAAUAAUAACUAUGGAGGAGGCGCUGGCGGAGGAGGGGGUCGUGGGGGGUACGGUGGAGGCCCUGGAUACGGUAACCAAGGCGGAGGAGGAUUUGGAGGAUAUGACAACUACAAUGAUGGCAGGAAUUUUGGAGGUAACUUUGGUGGCAGUAGUGGAGGAGGAGGAGGAGGAAACUACAAUGAUUUCGGGAAUUACGGGGGACAACAGUCCAACUACGGCCCCAUGAAGGGAAAUAACUUCGGAGGAAGGAACUCGGGACCUUACGGAGGUGGAUAUGGCUCUGGUGGAGGCGGCGGCGGCGGGUAUAACUCCCGGAGAUAUUAACACAUCAGCUUAUCUGUGGCUUCAGAUCCAGAGUUAGAUGGUGAUGAGGAGAGAUGAGAGGAAAGAUUACUGAGGGCCAAGAUCUGCCAGUUAUAGCUCUUUUACCGCAGCGGUGUGUGUUUAACGUUGGCCGCGCGAGAGUAGCGUGUGUUAGUUAGUGUAUGUACUGUACAUUCCUUACUGCUGCAUUAUUUCACCCGCUCGGAUUUUCUUUGUGCUUUUCUCACACCCUCAAUCCUUUGUGAAUGUGUUGUUGUUUUUUUUAGCGUUUUUGAGAGUGAAAAAAAUAUUAUGUUAUCAAACACUGUAGCCAGAGUAGUUCAAAAAUGAUAUGUUGUGAGUAUGCAAUAUGUUGUGGCCUUGAUAUUAUUUGGAGGGCUUUUAAUUUUUUGA